AUGGACCCGUCGUGCCCUACGCAAGGCAAUUCCUCAGCAUGCGCAGGGAAGGUGAUAGCAGAACCUAGUAGGACGCGCCUUCGCGCCAUUCUACCGCGCCCAGGAGCGGGCGGCUGCAGCAAAAAGCGGUCCGUUCCCGAUAGCGGGCUGUCCGGACAGGAGUUCCCGCGGAAGCACCUCGUGACGCCAUCGCCUCAGGUACCGGUGCCACCGGCUGGCCAAGGGAGUGCCGUGCUUGCUCCUCGUACUCCCUCUCCCAUCUCCUCGUUCACCUCGUCGCUGGCUCAAGGCGCCGCGAAACUUCGCGGCAUCCCUCUAGCUUUCGCGAAGGCAACGGCCCCGGCAUUCCAUGAAGAAGCACGCCAGAAACAGGAAUCCACAACGGCGAGUGGGUCCGCGCUUGACUCUCUGUUAGCGGCGCAACCUACACCCCGCGCACCAUUGUCAUCACCUCCCGCUCACAAUUCUGCUCCACUGACCUUCUCCACGACUCCUCCGCCGCCCCUGCUGGCUCCGCGGGCGGGCUACGACCCGUUAGCGUUCGCGCGCGGCAUGCAGGCGCUGCACGGCACGGCGCUGGGCCGCCUCAUGCACACGGCGCCCGACAUCGUCGUCGACGGCAUUCCGCGCCGCCUGCUCGCGCCGUCGCCAGGCAGCACUGCAGCGAAACUCGGGCUGCUAGCGCCCAGCGUGGCGCCAGUGCUGCAGCAGUCCGUUCCCGCGCCUACUAGUGCGAGUCAAGGUGCUGCAGCGGGGCAAGCGCUGCCGUGUGCGCCCACCAGCAGCAGCGCUGGCCCCAAUUGGCCGUUUCAGCCCACCACGGGUGCAGCGGCGCAAGCCGGAAGCUACGCCAGUUGGUCGUCCACUUGCCCGAGCCCUCCGUCGCAGCUCGCUGCCGUAUCGCCUACGACAAGCAGCAGUCCCGUAGCUUGGGCGCCACCCUCAUCGUUGGCCGCGGCGUCGCAGGCUCCCCUGGGCAACAGCGGUGCUGCAGCAGCCGUCACACAAGCUCCCACUGCCGUCGCUUCCGUUUCCACGAUGCAUGCACCGCCCUCAGCCCAGGCGUUCCCGCCAGCGCACGCCUCCGCCGAGUGGCCCGGAAGCACGCCAGCGACGUGCCGUGCCGCGCCGCGCGAGUCGCUCAGCGCGUGCAGCGACGACGGCACAACGGGCAGCCCGCAGGUGUCGCACAUGCUUCCCCCGCUUCUACCUCUGUCGUCGGGGUGCUUAUCGCAACCCGCCAAGGAGCCCUGGCCUCUCGAGCGCAACCAGUCCGUCACCAGCAAACCCGCUACUCAGCUCACCGCCCGCGAUACCUGUACCAGUGGCGCUGCCGCAGCUCCCGCCGGCGCCCCGUAUCUUCCGCCUUCCGCCUCCCCCUCGUCCUUUCCGGAACAAGUUGCGGCCGUCCGACCUUCCCAUGAGACGACGGCGCGCGUGAAUUGCGGCAACGGUGCCCCACAAUCGCCCCUCCACACCUUCCUCACCUUAGCGCCUCCGUCUAAAGGAUUGCCCCUCGCUCUCCCGACGAACCCGUCCUCCGCACAGGCUGCAUCGACGCACGUGGCGAGUGUGGUGGAGGCACAAUCGCUGGCUGAUGAUGACUCGCUUGCUGUAGAGUCCCUGCUGCUAAUCCGUGCUCUCUAA